AUGUUUUCUCGUCGCAAGUCUUUAUGCCUUUUCGCAGUCGCAUUUUACCUUGGCUUGGACCAUUUUUCGUUUGCUUCUUCUCGUUAUUUUAACCUAACAUAUCUUAUUUUUACUGAGUCAUGGAAGCCCGGUGGGCCGAUACUUUUUUACACUGGAAAUGAAGGAGCAAUCGAACACUUCGCACACAAUACGGGUUUUAUGUUCGAAUUAGCCCAAAACCUGUCUGGAGCAGUGAUCUUUGCUGAACAUCGGUACUACGGGUCAUCUUUGCCCUUCGGGAACUUUUCUUUCCUCAACCGUAGUCAUUUUGGAUUUUUGACGGCAGAACAAGCAUUGGCAGACUUUGCGAAAUUUAUCACAGACUUUAAAUGCGCAAACCACCAAUUCGCCGAUUCUCCAGUGAUUUCUUUCGGUGGUUCUUAUGGAGGCAUGCUCACAGCUUGGUUUCGACAGGCUUAUCCUAAUGUAGUUUCAGGAGGUGUAGCUGCUUCUGCUCCUAUUUGGCUAUUCCCUGGUAUGGCAGACUGUCACGGAUUCUAUCAGGUCACUACCUAUGCCUACACGCAGGCAGGAGGGGAGGAGUGCGUUACUACAAUACGGGAGGCAUGGUCUCUAAUAGAUGAUAUUUCUAAGAAACCCGGUGGAAUUGCCCCCCUUUCUAAGCUUUUCAAUACGUGUGAGCCCUUCCCAAAUGCGAACUUUAUAUACGAAUUUGCACAGGAUUACCUCGUUACUUUGGCAAUGGCAAACUAUCCCUAUGCUGCUUCGUUUCUCGGCAAACUUCCUGCAUUGCCUGUCAAAGAGUUUUGCAAAGCCCUGGUUACGUGUCCGGUUGGGGGCAGUUUGCCUGAACAGGUGGAGCGAUUUGCAUGCGCCUUCUUUUCGCUUUAUAACUACGGACAGGAGGACAAAUGCUUGUCUUUCAAUGACAACUCAAGUGUUGACGCCAAUGGCUGGGAAUUACAGACAUGCAUGGAAAUGACCAACCCGAUUUGUUCUGACGGCAAGUCUGAUAUGUUUAAACCAUCUACAUGGGAUCCAAUCGCGUUCUCCAAUGCGUGCCAAGAGAAGUUCGGUGUCCGACCCCGCAUGAACUGGGCUGGCGUGCAGUGGUGGGCCAAAGACCUGAACACGGUGACCCGACUAGUCUUUAGCAAUGGUGACCUGGACCCGUGGUCAGCUUUCGGUGUUUUGAACGCUUCGAGCGCGCCAGGGGCUACCGUGAUCCGCAUACCGACGGGUGCGCACCACCUCGAUCUGAGGGGCAGCCACCCCAACGACACAGCCGACGUAAUCGACGCCAGGCUGAAGAUCCGUGAACACAUCAUCGAUUGGAUUGAAGCCUGGAAACGCGAAUAUCACCCACUCUAUUGCUUAGACUACUAG